CAUCUGAGUACUACAAAAAUUUGUUGCCGGUGGUCAAGAUUGAUACAUUUUUUUUGUACAAUCAUUGUUUUGAUUACAAAGAGACUUCGUAUCGCUUCGGUCGGAGUGACGAUUUAAUUUUGAUUUGGGCUCGAGCACACACUUCGAGACAUAACGGUACUACGUCACUGAUAAGGCGUGAAUGCCAGGAAUAGUAAGAAUAUUUCGAAGAAGUCUCUUAGUCAGUGGUUCUUGGUCGGCCUUUGAGUUGACCCCUUUCGAUUAGAUGAAUCAUUGAGGUAGCCACUGGAGCUAUUUAAACAAUUGAACAUAAUUCAUUGGGAGUAUUCUUCAACUCAGUGCGCAAGCGAACACAUCUCGUUGUAAUAUGUGAGCACAGUUCACACUUACAUUCAUACACACGAUAUAGUUUUAUUUCUACGGCUUAAGUGCAAUUCAUCAACGAAUGGCAGCUUUAAUUUUUAGAAUCUUUCUUAUUUUUGGAUUAAGUGCGACUGUCAUUCGUGCAAGAAUCCUUUCAUCGGAUUUUGAGCAAUAUGAAAUCGACGCUAGUUUGGGUUUAUUUUUCGAGGAGUUAUCCAAUCUUCAGCUGUACCAUUCAGAAUGGACGUUUGUGACCCAUGUAAACUUAUCGUACUUCACUUCGGAAACAGCGCAUCUAGAGCAAACCGUUCAAAAAAUUCAGCAAUUUUGUGACAAAGUCAGGGAAGAGUUCGUUUUACCAAUUCCAAGUUCAUAUUGUGAUCACACCGUACCGCUGCUGCAGAACUCAUUGGAAGAAAUCAGAGAGUAUAGCACCAAAUGGUUUAUGAAUUAUGAAUUCCAAAGUGAGCCACGAUACGAAAAUGAGUUCCGUGGUGUGCGUCGCAAAAAGCGUGGCUUCUUGGGAUCGAUUACAAAGCAACUAUUUGGCACAUUGUCCGAAGAUGAAGGCAGUUUCUACAUGGAGCAGAUCAACGCAUUAAAAUCGGAAAAUUACAAUCAUCUUCUGCUUGCCGAAAAACAGACGACAUUAUUCAAAGAGUCGCUAAAAGUACUAAACAACACGAUACAUUCGCAAAAUGUUCGAAGUUCAGCGCUGCAAAAGCAUUUCGAUGAUCUCAGUUUUGUGUUAAAAAAUGCAACGGUCGAAGCGACGAUGGCACAAGUGUCUGGUGUUUUAGUGGGUAAAUUAAGUGAAUUAAUGCAUUACACAUCGUCCAUAAUAACGAGUUUCCGUGAAAAGCAGCGAUAUUUCUUCGAAGCGAUCACAACGAAAUCGAAAAGUUUCCAAUUGAUUCCGCCACAGCUGUUUCUGAGUGAAUUGGAGCGAGUGAGUUUACAAGUUGCGCGCGAUGGUCUCUUCUUGCCGAUGGCGUUGUCUGGAGAGAAUUUAGCGAAAUUCUAUCAAAUCACAACGACCGAAGGCCGGAUUGUAGACAACAAUCUCGUCGUUCGCUUCUCGAUUCCAUUGGUUGAGAAUAAAAAGUUCACUUUAUUCAAAGCAACCAGUGCACCACGUCGAAACGAUACAAACGAGCAGUUUCAUUAUAUUGUUCCGCAAAAUAAGUACAUCGGUGUGGAUGAGUACAAAGAAAAUUUCGUCACUUUAACACUCGACGCGUUGAAAAAUUGCCAUCGAAUCGCAAGCAACAGUUUGGUGUGUAAACAAACGUUCCCAGUGUUGACGGCAAAUAAUCACAUUGGAUGUGAAAUCAAUUUGCUGCGCAACAUAAACAUGACAACCGCUUGUGAUUUUCGCACGGAAACAUUGAACGAAGAGAUUUGGACGCAACUACAAUCGCCGAAUACGUAUUUGUACACAUUGCCAAAGGAGAAAACGGUUGUUGUCACCUGCCCAAAUUCACGGACAACAAUCACGUUACAUGAAACUGGUGUCAUUUCCGUGGCCUAUCGCUGUCGCAUCAAAACCGAUCGCAUGGAAAUCGUCGCAUUCCAAAGCAUUGAAUCGAAAUUAUUACGGAAUUUCACCGCUGCACCCAGAUACCGCUUGAAUGUUACAUCAGAAAUUGGAAAUGCUAAACGAAAGAGCCCACAAAUUCCAAUCUUGAAACUGGUGCUAUCGAAUACUGAAGAUAUUGAAAAACUUUUGGAAAUGAAUGGAGACGUCGACGAACUUCAAAUUCAAAAUGCAAUCAGCAAAGCAUCAGCCAUGAAUGUUUUGAAUACCAUUAUGGAAAACAACCAAAGUAUUGGACAGAUUCUAUUAGCCAUCGCUAUUAUCAUCGUCGCAAUUGCAAUUGUCUUCAUUUUCAUUAAGUACAGCGUUCUCAAAACAGGGAACAUCCUCAUUUGCAUCGUUUUAGUCGCAAUUGCUACCACAACCGUAUUGUAUUUUAUCUAGUUUUUUUGGACAAAUUGAGACUUUGACAUAUAUAUAUGUACUGCCCAAACGAUACCAAAGAAACGAAGCAAAUUUUUAUUUGUGAAAAGAACGAUUUAUUUAUUUUAUUUAAUAAGGCGAAAUUUUUAUUUAUUCUAAACGCGAUUUUUUUUUCAUUGAAAAAUGUUUUCAGAGUUUAAGAAAAUGUCCAAAUUUUGAACUUAAGUAAGAAAUGUUAAGUUUACUUGCGUCCGAAAUGUUUAUUAUUAUGUUUAGGUUCAUGGAAGAGAUUAGUUUUAGAGAAGAACUGUUUUUUUUUAAAUUCAGUAUUUUAUGAGAUAUGUAAUAUGAAGAUCGAACUGAUUUUUUAACACAAAUUGUUAAGUUUUUUCACGAAAUAUGUUAGUUUUUCUUUAGAAAUGGUAAAUUUUCAAGGAAAAUCAUGUAUUAAGAUUUGACUACAACAUUGAAAAUGUAAAUAGAACAAACCCUACUCUAAUUUUAUCAUUAAAUCACUCGAAUUUACUUUUAUAUAAA